ACACGGAUUAGAAAAACAGGAAAAAAAAUUGGAAGAUUUUUCGAAAACCCUAGCUUCGUCGUCUUCCUCCUCGAUAUUCAUUCCAUUUCCCUCUUGUCUGGCGAUAUUAGAUCUUCAUUUCUGGUUCUUAGGCUCCUUUUUCGGGUUGAGCAACAUCAUGCUGCUUGGAAUUUCUCGUAAUUUCUCGGUCGGAGAGAUUUGAUAAUCUGCACCUUUCUCGGUAUCGCCGCUGUUGGAUCUGCAAAAUUCCGAUUUGAUUCCCUGAAAUCGUUUCGUCUUUGAGACAUCGUUGAUAGAAGAAAAGAGGUAGGGAUUUUGUUGGAGUGGGUGAGAGAGAAUUUAGAAUUUCGGAGGAAUGAGUUCGAAGAAGCUCGAAGGGUCAUCGGCUCCGGCGAUUCGACGUGAUCCGUACGAGGUGCUGUGUGUAUCUAGAGAUGCAAGUGAUCAGGAAAUCAAAACCGCUUACCGGAAACUGGCUCUCAAGUAUCAUCCGGACAAGAAUGCCAACAAUCCUGAAGCUUCUGAACUUUUCAAGGAAGUUGCAUAUUCCUACAGCAUUUUGUCUGACCCAGAGAAGAGAAGGCAAUAUGACAAUGCAGGGUUUGAGGCCCUUGAUGCUGAUGGAAUGGACAUGGAAAUCGACUUGUCAAAUCUUGGAACUGUAAAUACCAUGUUUGCAGCACUAUUCAGCAAACUAGGUGUGCCUAUUAAGACUACUGUAUCUGCUAAUGUUCUUGAAGAGGCAAUGAAUGGAACAGUCACAGUUAGGCCCCUUCCUAUUGGUACAGCAGUUAGUGGGAAGGUCGAGAAGCAAUGUGCCCAUUUCUUUGGAGUAACAAUAAAUGAUCAACAAGCUGAAGCAGGGAUUGUUGUCAGAGUAACAUCGACUGCACAAAGUAAAUUUAAGUUACUUUAUUUUGAGCAAGACUCCAAUGGUGGCUACGGAUUGGCAUUACAGGAAGAUAGUGAAAAAGCAGGCAAGGUGACAUCAGCCGGCAUGUAUUUCUUACAUUUUCAAGUAUACAGAAUGGAUUCGACUUUAAAUGCAUUAGCUAUAGCCAAGGAUCCUGAAUCAGCUUUCUUUAAGCGGCUGGAAGGUCUUCAACCUUGCGAGGUUUUGGAACUUAAAGCUGGGACUCAUAUAUUCGCUGUUUAUGGAGAUAACUUCUUUAAGACUGCAUCAUACACAAUUGAGGCACUUUGUGCAAAGUCAUACGAAGAUACAACAGAGAAACUGAAGGAGAUUGAAGCUCAAAUUUUGAGGAAAAGAAACGAGUUGCGCCAAUUUGAGACAGAGUACCGAAAAGCAUUGGCACGGUUUCAAGAAGUUACCAACCGAUAUACCCAGGAGAAGCAAACUGUCGAUGAACUGCUAAAGCAACGGGAUGUGAUCCAUUCCUCGUUCACUGUCGUGAAAACACCAAGUGGCCAAAGCGGAAGCAGCAGCAACUUGAGUAAUGGAAGUAGCAGCAAAAUUCCGGGUGAAGAUCCAAAGGCUGAUAGCGCGGGAGAAGAAGGCGGGUCAGAUGGGAAAGACAAAUCCAAAAGGAAAUGGUUCAACUUGAACCUCAAAGGAUCCGAUAAGAAGCUCGGUUGAAAGAGAGAAAAAAAAGGUACAGACUUUCGGGCAUUUUGUUUCGAUUCUUGAGAGGUUAAAUAUUUCCGUUUGAUAUGCCAUUCUCUUGGUUCCUUGUCUCUGUGAUACUAUACGUGUGGUUCUUAGUAUGCUAUGUCCGAAUAUUGCA